AUGUCUGACCUACUAUGCCCGAGGGGGUGCUCGGGCAUGCCGGUGUCUUUAGGGUCUGCACACGCCAAGCGAUGGACCAGACUACAUUCGCUCCGUGUGCGCCUGAAGUGGCGGGCUAACUUAUGUUCUUUCUUUGACGUCCCUUCUUUCCGCGCCUUCUGCUGGUGUGGAGUAUACACGUCUCCGCUCAGUGCACAGGUUGCGCCCUUAUCCUUUUACGUCACGACUAUCACGAUCUUUACGACUACUAUGCAAGAUGGCAUCAGCGUGCAUGAGUACGUCUCCCUCCCUCUUUACUAUCAGAGCCAUGGUCUAACAUGCUUGUACAUUCUCGUCCCUUAUGUGCCUCCAUCGUAG